AUGCAAUUCUUUAUUAAGAAAGGUUAUGAGGUACUUUUCUUAUUAGAGCCAAUGGAGGAACCUUGUAUACAAAGACUACAAGACUUUGAUGGUAAGAAGUUUGAAUCUAUACAGAAGGCGAAUAUAACAUUAGAGGAGACAGAAGAGGAGAAGAAGAGACACAAAAGAAUAGAGAAAAGAUAUAAACCAUUAAUAGAUUGGUAUAAGAGAGUAUUAGGGUUCGAUGUUGAUGAACCUGCACAACUUGCUGAUUUAUUAUAUAAGGGGAUCGCUACACAGAUAGGAGUCGAUCCCAACGAUCCCAUCAAUCAGGAUGAAGGUGAGGAGGCAGCAGGAGGAGGAGGGGAAGAGGAAGAAGAAGAAGAAGAAGAAAAAGGAGAAAAAGAACAAGGGGAGGAUAAUGAUUAUAAUUUUGAUGGAAAAUCUGCUGAGGAUCUAUUCAGUAAUAUUGAUCUUGCAGGUGCAGGACUCAAGGAUGAACUAUAA